CGGCGCCGCCCGCGGCCAACAGCCACCGCGGCGAGUCGCCGGAGUCAACCUCGGUGCUCCGAAGCCGCAGCCUCGCCCCCGCCGGCGACGGAAGCGCCUUCGACCUCCUCUGCGCCGGCUGAUCAAAGCCUCUCUCUUUCCAAGCAUAUUUCGCGCACGCUGUGGCCACAAGCACGGCCUCCGCAGGCCGCGCUGGACGUGCCGCUGGCGGCAGCGCUCGCAGGCGGACACGAGUCAUCUCCAGAAAUGUCCCCUGUCCCGGAAUCGAGCUCACGCCCCCAGCCAGAUCCGUCCACCCCGCCGGCCAAGGUCUCCCCCACCCCAGCCGGCGCGCGGGAGGGCAUCCGGUGCUGCUCGACAGAGCUCCAGUCCCGCGGUUGCAGCUGACUUCCUGUCAGAAACUUCGCACAUCUAUCUCUGGUGACCAGCACAUAGGUUCCGACAGGUACAUGAGAGGAAAUUUCCUACUAAUAGUCCAAGAUUCAAGACAGAGCCACGCACAUGAUGCCAACCAACCAAGGUGGUACAGCACUAGCAGAGAAGGAUAAGGAGGAGCCGACGAGGAAGAGGAGGGGGGCGAGGAAGCUGCUUGAUCCUGUUAGGACAGUUGGGAAGAAGAAGAAGAAGGAGAAGAAGAGGAAGAGGAAAUCGUUGGUGCUGAAAGCAGCCGAGAGGGUUCUUGAGGAGGAUUGCAACAGCGUCUUGUUUGACGAUCCCACCACGGCCACAGUUUCUGAUCCUGUUACUGAAGCAAGUGCUAGAUAUGCUUUCAAGCAAUCUGUUGCUUGACAGCGAGUUAAAAACAGCACCGUUCUCGAGGAAUCUCGCUUACUCACAUCAUCUGAUAUCUUGAUGUUGUUUGAUAGUUCAGUGAGUGCUUCGUUGGGCACCAUGAGACCACUUGUCAAGAAGCUCGACAUGCUGCUAGCUCCUGCUCGGGGAUACAGUACCUUGUGCAAGAGGAUCAAGGAAGUGAUGCACCUUCUCAAACAUGAUGUUGAAGAGAUAAGCUCCUACCUUGAUGAACUUACAGAGGUGGAGGACCCUCCACCAAUGGCCAAGUGCUGGAUGAACGAGGCACGCGACCUGUCUUAUGAUAUGGAGGAUUACAUUGAUAGCUUGUUAUUUGUGCCACCUGGCCAUUUCAUCAAGAAGAAGAAGAAGAAGAAGAAGAAGGGAAAGAAGAAGAUGGUGAUAAAGAAGAGGCUCAAGUGGUGCAAACAGAUCGUAUUCACAAAGCAAGUGUCAGACCAUGGUAUCAAGACCAGUAAAAUCAUUCAUGUUAAUGUCCCUCGUCUUCCCAAUAAGCCCAAGGUUGCAAAAAUAAUAUUACAGUUCAGGAUCUAUGUCCAGGAGGCUAUUGAACGGUAUGACAAGUAUAGGCUUCACCAUUGCAGCACCUUGAGGCGUAGAUUGUUGUCCACUGGUAGUAUGCUUUCAGUGCCAAUACCCUAUGAAGAAGCUGCCCAAAUUGUAACUGAUGGCCGGAUGAAUGAGUUUAUCAGCUCACUGGCUGCUAAUAAUGCAGCAGAUCAGCAGCAGCUCAAGGUGGUAUCUGUUCUUGGAUCUGGGUGUCUAGGUAAAACUACGCUUGCGAAUGUGUUGUACGACAGAAUUGGGAUGCAAUUCGAAUGCAGAGCUUUCAUUCGAGUGUCCAAAAAGCCUGAUAUGAAGAGACUUUUCCGUGACUUGCUCUCGCAAUUCCACCAGAAGCAGCCACUGCCUACCAGUUGUAAUGAGCUUGGCAUAAGUGACAAUAUCAUCAAACAUCUGCAAGAUAAAAGGUAUCUAAUUGUUAUUGAUGAUUUGUGGGAUUUAUCAGUAUGGGAUAUUAUUAAAUAUGCUUUUCCAAAGGGAAACCAUGGAAGCAGAAUAAUAAUAACUACACAGAUUGAAGAUGUUGCAUUAACUUGUUGCUGUGAUCACUCGGAGCAUGUUUUCGAGAUGAAACCUCUCAACAUUGGUCACUCAAGAGAGCUAUUUUUUAAUAGACUUUUUGGUUCUGAAAGUGACUGUCUUGAAGAAUUCAAACGAGUUUCAAACGAAAUUGUUGAUAUAUGUGGUGGUUUACCGCUAGCAACAAUCAACAUAGCUAGUCAUUUGGCAAACCAGGAGACAGAAGUAUCAUUGGAUUUGCUAACAGACACACGUGAUUUGUUGAGGUCCUGUUUGUGGUCAAAUUCUACUUCAGAAAGAACAAAACAAGUACUGAACCUCAGCUACAGUAAUCUUCCUGAUUAUCUGAAGACAUGUUUGCUGUAUCUUCAUAUGUAUCCAGUGGGCUCCAUAAUCUGGAAGGAUGAUCUGGUGAAGCAAUUGGUGGCUGAAGGGUUUAUUGCUACAAGAGAAGGGAAAGACCAAGACCAAGAAAUGAUAGAGAAAGCUGCAGGACUCUGUUUCGAUGCACUUAUUGAUAGAAGAUUCAUCCAGCCUAUAUAUACCAAGUACAACAAUAAGGUGUUGUCCUGCACGGUUCAUGAGGUGGUACAUGAUCUUAUUGCCCAAAAGUCUGCUGAAGAGAAUUUCAUUGUGGUAGCAGACCACAAUCGAAAGAAUAUAGCACUUUCUCAUAAGGUUCGUCGACUAUCUCUCAUCUUUGGCGACACAAUAUAUGCCAAGACACCAGCAAACAUCACAAAGUCACAAAUUCGGUCAUUCAGAUUUUUUGGAUUAUUCGAGUGUAUGCCUUGUAUUACAGAGUUCAAGGUUCUCCGUGUUCUAAACCUUCAACUAUCUGGUCAUCGUGGGGACAAUGACCCUAUAGACCUCACUGGGAUUUCAGAACUGUUUCAGCUGAGAUAUUUAAAGAUUACAAGUGAUGUGUGCAUAAAACUACCAAAUCAAAUGCAAAAACUGCAAUAUUUGGAAACGUUGGACAUUAUGGAUGCACCAAGAGUCACUGCUGUUCCAUGGGAUAUUAUAAAUCUCCCACACCUGUUGCACCUGACUCUUCCUGUUGAUACAUAUCUGCUGGAUUGGAUUAGCAGCAUGACUGACUCCGUCAUCAGUCUGUGGACCCUUGGCAAGCUGAACUACCUGCAGCAUCUUCAUCUUACUAGUUCUUCUACACGUCCUUCAUACCAUCUGGAGAGAAGUGUGGAGGCUCUGGGUUAUUUGAUCGGAGGACAUGGCAAGCUGAAAACUAUAGUAGUCGCUCAUGUCUCCUCUGCUCAAAAUACUGUGGUUCGUGGCGCCCCAGAAGUAACCAUUUCAUGGGAUCGUAUGUCACCUCCCCCCCUUCUCCAGAGAUUCGAAUGCCCACACAGCUGCUUCAUAUUUUACCGAAUUCCUAAGUGGGUUACAGAACUUGGCAACCUGUGCAUUUUGAAGAUUGCAGUGAAGGAGCUUCAUAUGAUUUGUCUUGGUACUCUCAGAGGAUUGCAUGCCCUCACUGAUCUGUCGCUGUAUGUGGAGACAGCGCCCAUUGACAAGAUCAUCUUUGACAAGGCCGGGUUCUCAGUUCUCAAGUACUGCAAAUUGCGCUUCGCGGCUGGUAUAGCUUGGCUGAAAUUUGAGGCUGAUGCAAUGCCUAGUCUAUGGAAACUGAUGCUAGUUUUCAACGCCAUCCCACGAAUGGACCAAAAUCUUGUUUUCUUUCACCACAGCCGACCGGCGAUGCAUCAACGUGGUGGUGCAGUAAUCAUUGUCGAGCAUAUGCCAGGGCUUAGAGUGAUCUCCGCAAAAUUUGGGGGCGCAGCUUCUGAUCUAGAGUAUGCUUCGAGGACCGUCGUUAGUAACCAUCCAAGCAAUCCUACAAUCAACAUGCAAUUGGUGUGUUAUAGUUCCAAUGGUAAGAGAAGCAGAAAAAGGAAACAACAACCUUACGACGUUGUGAAGGGACAACCAGAUGAAUACGCCAAGAGAUUGGAGAGACCAGCUGAGAAAAGGAUUUCAACGCCGACAAAGUCUUCUUUGCGUCUGCAUGUUCCAGAAAUUACACCAAAACCUAUGCAGAUUACAGACAACAAUGUUCAGAGGAGGGAGCACAUGUUCGAUACGGUUCUGACUCGGGGGGACGUGGGGAUGCUGAACCGGCUGGUGGUACCGAAGAAGCACGCGGAGAAGUACUUCCCGCUGGACAGUUCCUCCACCCGCACCAGCAAGGCCAUCGUACUCAGCUUUGAGGACCCUGCUGGGAAGUCAUGGUUCUUCCACUACUCCUACCGGAGCAGCAGCCAGAACUACGUCAUGUUCAAGGGGUGGACUGGCUUCGUCAAGGAGAAGUUUCUCGAAGCCGGCGACACCGUCUCCUUCAGCCGCGGCGUCGGGGAGGCCACGAGGGGGAGGCUCUUCAUCGACUGUCAAAAUGAGCAGAGGUACAUGUUCGAGCGAGUGCUGACGGCGAGUGAUAUGGAGUCGGAUGGCUGCUCGCUGAUGGUCCCAGUGAACUUGGUGUGGCCGCACCCCGGCCUCCGCAAGACGAUCAAGGGGAGGCACGCCGUGCUGCAGUUUGAGGACGGCAGCGGCAACGGGAAGGUGUGGCCAUUUCAGUUUGAGGCCUCCGGCCAAUACUAUCUCAUGAAGGGCUUGAACUACUUUGUUAACGACCGCGACCUUGCGGCUGGCUAUACCGUCUCCUUCUACCGCGCCGGCACGCGGUUGUUCGUCGACUCCGGGCGUAAAGAUGACAAAGUAGCCUUGGGAACCAGAAGCCGCGAAAGGAUCUAUCCUAAGAUCGUGCGGUCGCAGUAGCUAGCGUGCCAACUCUCAAGAUUCUAGGAUGCUACCUCCUGCCUGUGCUGAAAUGUAUGAUUCAUUAAAAAAUUCCAGGACAAGAAUAAGAGUUCUUGUAAGGAUGUCUGCUACCGAUUUUUUUUUC